AUGCCAAGCUGGAGGAGGAAUCUGACUUUUUGUCUGCAGAGAAUGCACGAUGAAGAUGAUGGCCCUUACUCGAAAGGAAACAAGGACUCCUCAGGUCCGGAAAAUUCCCUCACUUCCAGAAGACAGAGUAUCCCAGAAGACCUGCGGGGGGUGACGUUGGUGGAGCUGAUUAAGAAAGAGGGCAGCACUUUGGGCCUCACUAUCUCAGGAGGCACAGACAAGGAUGGCAAACCCCGCGUCUCCAACCUACGGCCUGGUGGUCUGGCGGCCAGGAGUGACCAGCUGAACGUGGGAGACUACAUCAAAUCGGUCAACGGGAUCAACCUGACGAAGCUUCGGCACGACGAGAUAAUUAGCCUGCUGAAGAACGUGGGCGAGCGUGUGCUGCUGGAAGUGGAGUAUGAACUGCCCCCAGCCGCACCAGACAGUAGCUCAGGUGUUAUAUCCAAGACAAUCGAAAUAUGUUUGCACAAAGAAGGCAACAGCUUUGGCUUCGUCAUGCGAGGAGGCUCUCAUGAAGACUGGCAUAAGUCUCGGCCUUUGGUGGUCACAUACGUUCGGCCAGGUGGUCCCGCUGACAGGGAGGGCAGCUUAAAAGCAGGCGACCGUAUUCUGAGUGUGGACGGUGUGCCCUUACAUAGUGCCAACCACAGUGAUGCCCUGACUGUGUUGGCACAGUGUGGCCAGGAGGCGCUCUUUCAGAUUGAAUAUGACGUCUCCAUUAUGGACUCGGUGACAAAUGCCUCUGGUCCUUUAUUGGUGGAAAUUGCCAAGUCGCCUGGGGCAGCCCUGGGCAUUACGUUGACAACCGCCACACACAGAAACAAGCAGGUCAUCGUCAUCGACAAAAUCAAAGCCGCAAGCGUGGUGGACAGGUCAGGGGCGUUACAUGUGGGGGACCACAUCCUGUCCAUAGACGGCACCAGUACAGAACACUGCUCAGUGCUGGAGGCCACACAGCUGCUGGCUAGCACGUCUGACCAGGUCAAACUGGAGAUCCUGCCCGCCCAUCACACCCGUCUGCCCAGUAAACCCCACGACACUGUGAAAGUCCAGAAGAGCGACCACCCUCACUGCUGGGAUCCCUGUGUGAACUACUGCCAUUCCCAGCACUCGGGUCAAUGCAAGACCUCAACAUGGAGCACUUCCAGUAAUCCAUCCAACAGUCAGGACUACUGUAAAUCGCUCGUUUCCGCUAAUUUCUCCCCCGGCUCGACGACGACUUCAGGCAUGACCAGUCACACCUCUAGCACCCUGCCACGUACCACACACCCCAUGAGUCCCCGUAACUCCAUGCUCAAGAGGAGACAGAGGAAAAAAGAGCACAAGAGCUCAUCAGUGUCUCUGGCUUCCAGUUCAGUGGGUCCAGGUGGUCAAAUCGUGCACGUGGAGACCAGCGAAGUGACUCUGACAGGAGACCCUCUGAAUGGCUUUGGCGUUCAGCUACAGGGGGGCAUCUUCGCCACGGAGACGCUCUCAGCACCCCCCCUCAUCCGCUUCAUUGAGCCAGACAGCUCUGCUGAGAGGUGUGGGCUGCUUCAGGUUGGAGACAGACUGCUGUCCAUCAAUGGCAUCCCCACAGAAGACGGGACGCUGGAGGAGGCUAACCAGUUACUCCGAGAUGCUGCUUUGACCAAUAAGGUCACACUGGAAAUAGAAUUUGAUGUAGCAGAGUCUGUGGUGCCUAGUAGUGGUACUUUCCAUGUGAAGCUCCCUAAGAAGAGAGGCGUAGAGCUGGGCAUCACUAUCAGCGCGAGCAAAAAGCCAGGGGAACCUCUGAUCAUCUCAGACAUAAAGAAGGGAAGCAUGGCUCACAGGACGGGCACGCUGGAGCCAGGAGAUAAGCUCUUAGCCAUAGACAAUAUUCGCCUUGAAAACUGCUCGAUGGAGGAUGCCAUGCAGAUUCUUCAGCAGAGCGAAGACCUGGUUAAGCUCAAAAUUCGCAAAGAUGAGGAUAACUCAGACGAGCAGGAGACAUCAGGCUCCAUUAUCUACACUGUGGAGUUGAAGAGGUAUGGUGGCCCCCUGGGCAUCACCAUCUCUGGCACAGAGGAGCCCUUUGACCCAAUCGUUAUCUCUGGCCUGACCAAGAGGGGCCUGGCAGAGAGGACUGGAGCUAUCCAUGUCGGGGACCGGAUUCUGGCCAUCAACAGUGUUAGUCUGAAGGGCAAGCCUCUCAGCGAAGCCAUCCACCUACUGCAGAUGGCUGGUGAAACAGUCACCCUUAAAAUCAAAAAGCAAACUGACACAGUAGAUGAGAAAAAGAAAACAGACCUGGAUAAUGACCUGAGUGACAAUGAGGAUGAGAUGACGGACUCUCAGAAGACCAAUAAGCUGUCUGAGAUCUACUCUACCACCAUCCCCAGCGUGGACUCAGCCAUGGAGUCGUGGGAUGGUUCAGGGAUCGAUGCAGGUUAUGGAAGCCAAGGCCCAUACAUCCACCAAGCAGCAGGCAUCGCCCUCCAUCCUCAUGAGUGGCGCAGUGCCAAACAGAGAGCCUGCACCCCUCCCCCUUCCCGCCGCAAGAACUAUCCCUUCAGUGACGGUGGCUUUAGUGAAGAUGACUGGGAUAAGCCCGGAGGAUACGCCAGUCAGUCGGCCACGGAUGGCAUCAUGCUGGAUCACGAGGACAGUUUCUGGUGCCAGGCUCUGGAGGACCUGGAGACGUGCGGGCAGUCUGAGCUCCUUCGUGAGAUUGAGGCCUCCAUAAUGACGGGCAGUGCCCUUAGCUUGGGCGUGGAGGGCAGCAAGUGCCACGGAGAACCCCUCGGCCAAGCGGGCAUCAGCCCCUUGAGGAAGAGCCCCCACAGCCUGCACAACGAGGCCAAGAGCAAGAGCACAUUACGUGUCUCUGAGAAGACCUGGGAGUCGCGACGCAUUAAAGAGGAAAUGCAGGAGAUCCUGUCCCCCACCCCACUAGAGUUGCACAAGGUGACGGUGAUGAAAGACCCCGAGAGCGAUGACUUUGGCUUUAGCGUUUCGGACGGUUUCCUCGAAAAGGGAGUUUACGUCAACAUGAUCCGGCCCGAGGGCCCGGCCCACCGCGCGGGCCUGAAACCUUAUGACAGAAUCCUCCAGGUGAACCACGUGCGCACACGAGAUUUUGACUGCUGUCUGGCCGUACCCCUCAUCACUGAGGCUGGGGACAAACUGGAGCUGGUCAUCAGCCGAAACCCGUUAGCCCAGCCGGGCAUGAGCCAGGGCCCAGAAUGCCACGAGCUUCCCAACCCACUGCUAACCAAUAACCGCCAACACAAGACCAGCACCAUGGACUUGUGAGAACAACACAUGACCCAAAAAAAAAGUGAACAUCAUAAAACACCAUAGGAGUCAAUAACACAGAAACGCUGAGUUUCAACACAAUUCAAGAAAGGAGCAUUGUUUUUAUGGUCUCAGACUUGAACAAAAGUACAAGCACCACUGACGUUUGUUCAGAACAGUUCACAUGAAGGACUUAAAC